AUGUGCCGCUUCAUGUCCGACUCACCCGGUGCCGCAACGACCCAAGGCCGAAUCGUACUCCCCACAAAUGUCGUGCCAAAACACUACGACGUGACUCUCGAAGUCGACUUCGACAAGUUCGUCUUCCACGGAACCGUCGUCAUUGACCUCGACGCUGCAAAAGACAGUACCUCUAUUUCAUUGAACACUGUGGAAAUUGACAUCCACUCCACAACCGUUCAUGCAGAUGGCGCCCUUAUUACCUCUUCCCCGAAAAUCUCGUACGAUGCGGACACGCAAACUACCACCAUCGACCUUGGUGAAGGCAAGUCGCUGUCGAAGGGUCAGAAGGUGCAACUGAAACAUACGUACACGGGUCAAUUGAAUGACAAGAUGGCCGGGUUCUACAGGUCCAAGAGGAGAGACGGGCAGUAUUUGGCAGUCACCCAGUUUGAGGCCACUGAUGCCAGGAGGGCGAUGCCUUGCUUUGAUGAACCUGCCCUCAAGGCAGAGUUCACGGUCACGUUGAUUGCCGAUGAGGCUAUGACGUGUCUGUCGAAUAUGGAUGUUGCGUCGACCAAGGCUGUACACUCGGACAUCACCGGUGGGCAGAGAAAGGCCGUCACGUUCAAUCGAUCACCCAGAAUGUCGACUUACUUGUUGGCCUUUAUCGUUGGCGAAUUGAAGUCGAUCUCCACAGACAAAUUUAGGUUACCCAUCAAGGUGUGGAUGACCCCGGAGCAGAACGAAGAGGAUGGAAGAUUUGCGCUAGAUGUUGCUGCCAAAACUCUGGCAUUCUACGAGAAGGCGUUCCAAGCACCCUACCCAUUGCCUAAGAUGGACAUGGUGGCCAUCCCGGAUUUUGCCGCUGGUGCAAUGGAGAACUGGGGUUUGGUCACUUACCGUGUAGUGGAUCUCCUUUUCGACGAGAAGUCGGCUGGUGCGGCGACCAAGGAGAGAGUGGCAGAAGUUGUUCAGCAUGAAUUGGCACACCAGUGGUUUGGAAAUCUGGUGACAAUGGACUUCUGGGACGGAUUGUGGCUUAACGAAGGGUUUGCAACCUGGAUGAGCUGGUACAGCUGCAACGAGUUCUACCCCGAGUGGCGGGUGUGGGAAACCUUUGUGAUCGAUACCUUGCAAUCGGCCUUGGGAUUGGAUGGGCUGCGGAGCUCCCAUCCUAUUGAAGUACCUGUGCAUCGUGCAGAGGACAUUAACCAGAUCUUUGACGCCAUUUCCUAUUCGAAAGGGUCAGCUGUCCUUCGGAUGAUUUCGAAGUAUCUCGGCGAAGAUACUUUCAUCGAUGGUGUGAGGAGGUAUAUCAAGAAACAUGCUUGGGGGAAUACACAAACCAGUGAUCUCUGGAACGCACUGGGCGAGGCGAGUGGUAAGGACGUUGCCCAUGUGAUGGACAUUUGGACGAAGAACAUUGGAUAUCCGGUCAUUACAGUGACGGAAAACGAGAAGGACUCAACCAUCACAGUUAAGCAGAACAGAUUCUUGCGCACGGGUGAUGUCAAACCGGAAGAGGAUCAGGUUCUUUACCCCGUGAUCCUCGGGUUGAAGACGAAGGAUGGAGUGGAUGAAAGCCUAAUGCUCACUGAGCGGGAACAGACAUUCACCAUCAAGGGGGGACUGGACUUCUACAAACUGAAUGCGGACCAUUCGGCGCUCUACAGGACGAGCUACACGCCACAGAGACUCACGAAGCUUGGCGAAGCAGCGAAGAAGGGACUGCUUUCGGUUGAAGACCGAGCCGGUAUGAUCGCUGAUGCUGGAGCUCUUGCUGCCAGUGGAUACGGCAAGACAUCGGGUAUUUUGAGUCUCCUGCAAUCGUUCAACACGGAGACACAGUUUGUGGUCUGGAAUGAAAUUCUCAGCCGGAUCAACGCCGUGAGGAAUACAUGGAUCUUUGAGGACGAGUCGAUCAAGGAUGCACUGAAGGCCUUCCAGCUGAACUUGACAUCAGCAAAAGCCCAUGAGCUAGGAUGGGAGUUUUCCGAGAAUGAAGACCACAUCUUGAGUCAGUUCAAGAGCUUAAUGUUUGGCUCCGCUGGUCUUGCUGGCGAUGCAAAAAUCCAAGCCGCGGCCAAGGACAUGUUUGAGAAGUUCAUGAAGGGUGAAUAUUCUGCCAUUCACCCCAACCUCCGGUCAUCGGUCUUCGCUAUGGCGUUGAGAGACGGAGGAGAGAAGGAAUGGGAUGCACUGGUGGCAAGAUACCACUCUGCGCCGACCUCGGACGAGAAGAACACUUGUCUUCGAACUCUUGGCCGGGCAAAGGAUCCAAAAUUGAUCAAGAAGACGCUUGAUUUUGCAUUGAGCGGACAGGUCAAGAUGCAAGACAUCUACAUGCCCAUCGGCGGCCUGGGAACGACUUCGGAGGGCAUCGAGAGACGAUGGGAGUGGAUGUGUGCCAAUUGGGAUGAACUGGUGGAGAAGCUACCUCCCAGCAUGACAAUGUUGAGCAGUGUCGUCAGCAUCUGUACUGCAGGCUUCACGUCUGAUGCACAGUUGAAGAAGGUCCAAGACUUCUUUGAAGGCAAAGACAAGAAGGGAUUUGAUCGCAGCUUGCAACAGAGCAUGGACAGUAUCCGAGCCAAAGCGAACUGGCUGAAGAGGGACGGGGAGGAUGUUGGAGAAUGGCUCAAAAGCAACGGAUAUUUGACUGAAGGGGCCGUGAGUGGGAAGCUAUAG